UACAGCCAAAGGCCGUAAGAAUCGAAGUGUUAAAACCAGUCAUGAUUUUAGUUUAAUGAACCAUUUACAAUGUAACAACUAGUUUAAGAUUAAGCGCAUUUGGAAAACCAGGCAUCCGAGCAGUUUGGAAAGGAAGUUGUCACGGUAACCCGGAUGUACACAAAUCCACAUGACGGUGCUUUGCACGUGUGGAAGAGCGAGUGAGAUCUUUUACAAACAUGUUUGCUGAAGAAGAAUGGACUGAUUCUCCAUUACCAAAUGGAUCAUCUCACAAAGUUAAAACGUCUCCUGCCCCCCGGCAAGGUAAGGUUGUGGGUAAAAAAAGUCUUAUGAGAACCUUGCAAACACUGGGUUCAGUUCCAGACUGGGAAACUAGGAAUGUUUUUGAGGACAGUGAUGAGGAGAAAGACGCCUCCACUACAGUCAAGACAAAAAAAAAGAAAAGGUGCAAAAAGCGUAAAAGAACAUCUAAUACUGAAAAUGAAGGGAAGCAGCAGGAUGAAGUGAAUUCACGAGAACCACCUGUGAAGAAGAACAAGCUAAUGAAGAAGACCGUGAAUGCGGAUUCAGCUGAAUUACCUGCAAACAAGAAGACAGUAAAAGAAACAAGUUCUAAGGUGUCACAAGAGUCCAGCAAAGAUAAGAAUCUCAAAGAAGUCAGACCACAAUUGGAGAAAAAUGAAAGUCAUGUAGAAAACACACUAAGCAGAAAGCAGUGGAGGAACAAGAUGAAAAACAAAAGAAAGUGUAAGAACAAAUAUCUUGGGAAAACAACAGGUGUCGAUGAUGCUAAUGCGAAGGAAGAACCAUUAGACGUCAAAGAAUCCAAGAAAGUGAAGAAACAUGAUAAAGCAUCCAAAAAAACGAAAAAGUCUCAGAAAAAAAAUAGUAUUUCUUCCAUCACGGACAUUGCUGACAAUUGCAAAGACUGUAAAACAGAUGAGACGUCCAGCACAAGGACUAGAAGUGUAGAUGACUCCCUAAGUAACAGUACCGUCUCACAUAAAGUGAAAGAUAAAGGGAAACCUUCUAAAAUGAUGAAAAAAUCGCAUGCAGAAAAGCUGCGUCGUAUUUUAAAGUCGCAGCUUCCUGAUGACAGUAAUAAAGCCUCAGAGGAACCAGAAGAGCCAAAAGAUACAACAGUAAAUUUGAAGGGUGAUGAAGAGGAAGUGGCUCCUGACCCCUCAACUGCUUUAAGGACAAAGAUGGAGAAGCGGUUAGAAGCCGCUCGAUUCCGCUACAUCAAUGAGCUGCUUUACACGUCUACCAGCGGUGAGGCCAAACGCAUGUUUCAACAGGACCCAGAGGCCAUUGCGAUUUACCACAAGGGCUACACGACACAAGUUCAACACUGGCCCAAAAACCCUGUGGAUUCAAUCAUUUCCUAUAUUCGUAAAAAACCAGCUUCUUUAGUUGUUGCAGACUUUGGCUGUGGAGACUGUAAAAUUGCUCGGAGUGUAAAGAAUAAAGUACACUCUUUUGAUUUGGCUCCGGUUUGUGAUCUUGCCACUGCAUGUGACAUGGCAAAAGUGCCGCUUCGUGAUUCUACAGUAGAUAUUGCUGUUUUCUGUCUUUCUCUGAUGGGGACAAAUCUGGGAGACUUUUUGGCAGAAGCAAACAGAGUCCUGGUGAUGGGGGGUGUUCUUAAAAUUGCUGAAGUGGCUAGUAGAUUUGAAAACGAGCGUUCGUUCAUUGGUGCAUUGUCAAGUCUGGGCUUCAAGUUAGUCCAUAAGGACACAGAAAACAGCCACUUCCACUCCUUUGAAUUCAUAAAGACAGGAAAAGCACCCGGGAACGUGAAGAAAAUCGGUCUUCAACUUAGACCUUGUCUGUACAAGAAACGAUAAAUGAACAUAAAGUAAAUGUACAUUAUCAGCAAUAAUUCAGUUUAACUCAAGGGUCAAAUCUCCUCUUAUCGUUGUAUGUUUUGUAAAUCACUGUAAAACGAAAGUACAUUUUAUAUAUAUAAUAAUAAGACAAUUUAAUGUGAUGUUUAAAGAACUGUGUUUUAUGGUUGGAUAAUACUUUUUACCUGAUAAACAAA